AUGGGAGCAAUUGUGGCAUCACUUCAAGGAAGCGAACUUGAUACAGGAUUGAAUCUGGACGACAUCUCCAAGUAUUCUGCCUACUGGGAGUCGGCUCGACGACUGUACGGUCCAUUUGAGUGCGCUGUGACAAUGAAGAGCGGUAACGCUGACGUCUACAAGCACGAGAUUCCUGGAGGACAGUAUACCAACUUGCAGUUCCAGGCAUUCUCUCUCGGUCUUGGCAACCAGUUUAAUGAUGUGAAACGCAUGUAUCGCGAGGCCAACCUAGCUUUGGGAGACAUUAUUAAGGUUACUCCAUCAUCAAAGGUUGUCGGUGAUUUGGCUCAAUUCAUGGUGCAGAAUAAUCUGACUCGUGAGACUCUUGUGGAACGUGCAGAUGAUCUGUCCUUCCCAGCUAGUGUCGUCGGCUACAUGCAGGGUAACAUUGGUCAACCUCCCUAUGGCUUCCCAGAACCACUAAGAACGAAAGUUUUGCGUGGAAAGCCAAAGGCGAAAGGACGAAUGGGUGAAGACAUUCCACCUAUGGACUUCGAAAAGGUUAGAAAACAACUGGAAGAGAAACAUGGCAGACCAAUGAAAGAUCAAGAUUUGAUGUCACAUGCAAUGUACCCAGCAGUCUUUGACCAAUUCGAACGAUUCCGUCAACAAUACGGACCUGUGGACAAGCUGCCAACAAGAGUGUUCCUUACCGGUUUGGAUAUCGCUGAGGAACUGGAUGUAAGUUGAUA